AUGUCUAUCCCCCAAGAAGCUCCUAAGAUUCCAGGCUGGAGACCUGUCAUCUUCCUGAAUAUUGAGGCAGAUGAACCAAAAUCCAUAUACGUUAACAACACUGGAAGUCUCACAGGGGUGAAUAUCACUGGAGGCUUUGCAAAGUCGAUUGACCCUGAAUAUCCAUUUGAUGCUAUCAUUGACUCCGGCUAUGAUGACAUUCGAGCCGAUCCAGGUGCCUCUACAUCUCGUCUGGACUGUAGAGUAUAUUUGACUACCUCUGAAGGUGCAGGUGUGUUCUUGACUUAUCCAGGUGUCGUAAGAAUGGAGAAGUCAGUCGUUGAUGUUUUGACUCAAAAGAGUUCAUUCAUGGAUUUCAACGACGGUUAUGUUACAUGUACACCCGUAGUACAUUUGGACGAAAAGGCCAAGAAGGAACAAUGGAUUACUAAAGAGACUAUCUUUGGAAUAGGCCGCUUCGUCAGAGAUAACGAGGGAAGACUCAGGGUACAAUAUUACCUGUAUGUCUUAGCUUGA